GCGGGGAUGGGGCUGGAGCAGGAGGAGGGACCCCUGCGUCGCCAUCGGCCGGGCAUCCCCCGGCAGCUCCGUGCGCAGUGCCUGCCCUGGUCCUCCAUCCUGGUCCUCCAUGCCGCUGUUCCCAUCUUGCCUCCCAAUCCUGCUGCCCCGUCCUGUUCCUCCACAUUGGUCCUCCAUCCCCCCGUUCCCAUCUUGCUCCCCCAUCCUGUUCUCAUCCUGUUCCCCCAUUCCAGUGUUCCCAUCCUGCUGUCUCCAUCUUGCUCCCCUCUAAUCUGCUCCCCCCAUCCUCCCUCUCCCAACCUGCUCCUCCAUCCCACUGCCCCCUAAAUUAUUCCUCCCAUCCUACUCCCCCCAUCCCACUGCCCACAUCCCGCAUCCCCAUCCCGCUGCCUCCAAACACUCCCCCCAGCCCCUAUCAUUCUCCCUAUCCUACUGCUUCCCCAAAUCAUUCCCUCAAUCCACUGCCCCCAGCCCUCUGCCCAGAACCAGCUCCCCCGGUUUGCUCCCCCCUAAUUCCCUCCCUGUUAAUGUGCUCCCCUAAUCCACUCCCCAACCCUCUCCCCCAUCCCUGCUGCCUCCCACCCCUCCGUCCCCAGGACCUCAAGGGCCAGUACUGGACGGACGAUGACUCUGACGGGGACAAUGAGUCCGAGGAGUUCCUCUAUGGCGUGCAGGGGACCUGCGCUGCCGACCUGUACCGGCACCCGCAGCUGGACGCCGACAUCGAGGCCGUGAAGGAGAUCUACAGCGAGAAUGCCGUGGCCAUCAGGGAGUACGGGACCAUCGAUGACGUGGACAUCGACCUCCAUGUGAACAUCAGCUUCCUCGAUGAGGAGGUGGCGACGGCCUGGAAGGUGCUGCGGACAGAGCCCAUUGUCCUCCGCCUGCGCUUCUCCCUCUCUCAGUACCUCGAUGGCCCCGAACCGUCCAUCGAGGUUUUCCAGCCAUCCAACAAGGAGGGUUUCGGGCUGGGUCUGCAGCUGAAGAAGAUCCUGGGCAUGUUCACAUCCCAGCAAUGGAAACAUCUCAGCAACGAUUUCCUGAAGACUCAGCAGGAGAAGCGGCACAGCUGGUUCAAGACAAGCGGCACCAUCAAGAAGUUCCGUGCUGGGCUCAGCAUCUUCUCACCCAUCCCCAAGUCUCCCAGCUUCCCUGUUAUCCAAGAUUCAGUGCUGAAGGGCAAACUGGGCAUCCCCGAGCCUCGCGUGAACCGCCUGAUGAACCGCUCCGUGUCCUGCAUGGUGAAGAAUCCCAAGGUGGAAGUUUUUGGCUACCCACCCGCCAGCACCCAGGCAGGUGUUGCCCCCUUCAACAUUCUGGUCGGCGGCCACUGCAAGAACAUCCCCACGCUGGAGUACGGCUUCCUCGUGCAGAUCAUGAAGUACGCGGAGCAGCGGAUCCCGACGCUCAAUGAGUACUGCGUGGUGUGUGACGAGCAGCACGUCUUCCAGAAUGGCUCCAUGCUGAAGCCGGCCGUGUGCACCCGGGAGCUCUGCGUCUUCUCCUUCUACACCCUGGGCGUCAUGUCCGGCGCGGCUGAGGAGGUGGCCACGGGUGCUGAGGUGGUGGACCUGCUGGUGGCCAUGUGCCGUGCUGCCCUCGAGUCCCCUCGCAAGAGCAUCAUCUUUGAGCCUUACCCCUCCGUGGUGGACCCCAACGACCCCAAAACUCUGGCCUUCAAUCCCAAGAAGAAGAACUACGAGCGGCUGCAGAAGGCUCUGGACAGUGUGAUGUCCAUCCGGGAGAUGACCCAGGGGUCCUACCUGGAGAUCAAGAAGCAGAUGGACAAGCUGGACCCCUUGGCACAUCCCCUCCUGCAGUGGAUAAUCUCCAGCAACAGAUCCCACAUUGUCAAGCUGCCUCUCAGCAGGCAGCUGAAGUUCAUGCACACCUCCCACCAGUUCCUCCUGCUCAGCAGCCCCCCGGCCAAGGAAGCCCGGUUCCGCACAGCCAAGAAACUCUACGGCAGCACCUUCGCUUUCCAUGGCUCUCACAUUGAGAACUGGCAUUCCAUCCUCCGCAAUGGGCUGGUCAACGCCUCCUACACCAAACUGCAGCUGCAUGGAGCAGCCUAUGGCAAGGGCAUCUAUCUGAGCCCCAUCUCCAGUAUUUCCUUUGGAUACUCAGGAAUGGGGAAAGGGCAGCACCGGAUGCCGUCGAAGGAUGAGCUGGUGCAGCGGUACAACCGGAUGAACACGAUCCCCCAGACCCGCUCCAUCCAGUCCCGCUUCCUCCAGAGCCGCAACCUGAACUGCAUCGCGCUUUGCGAAGUGAUCACCUCCAAGGACCUGCAGAAACACGGCAACAUCUGGGUCUGCCCUGUCUCAGACCACGUCUGCACACGCUUCUUCUUUGUGUACGAAGAUGGCCAAGUGGGAGAUGCCAAUAUCAAUACUCAGGACCCCAAAAUCCAGAAGGAGAUCAUGCGUGUGAUCGGGACUCAGGUGUACACAAACUGAGUGGUGGCUGUGGGACCCUGGCACCCCCCGGGCACCGAGCGAGCCCCCGGGCAAGGCUGGGCAGGGGCCGAGCAGGUUUUGAGCCCCCCGGGCAGGGCAGAGCCGGGGCAACACCGGCGGCUCCACCUGUACAUAGGCGUUGGGCACCCUGUGAGCACCAGGCAGGUUCAGCGGUCCCUUAUCCCCUCCCUGUCCCCUUCCCACUGUCCCCAACUCUGUGGCAGCCUGGAGAAGGAGCCAUGGGUCCAGCAUGGCUGGGGACGGCCCCUCCUGGCGUUGGCAGCGACGGUGUUUUUAUCAGUGAUGAGAAACUGAAGCAAAAAAAAAAAAAAAUAACAACCAACCAAAACAAACCCAAAAACAGGAGAAAAAAAAAGAGAAAAGGAA